AGCAGGUCAAACUCUGUGACUAACUGACGCGCAACUAAAGAAAUAUUUGCAGUAAUAUCCAGCGUGUAGGUGUUGUCCUGCUGCGGCAGAUUUUGUCCUGACAGCAAACAACAAAAACCAACCGGCGGCUGAUUACAUGGCAGAUGUCGUCACGAAGAGUAAACCGGGAGGGAAACGAGGAGCUGUGAAUGUUGAUAUCCAACAUUCCUCCUCCCCGUCACCUUCUGUCUGGCAGGGCUUUGGGAGGAAGGUGAGGCUGCUCCUGCCGUACGUUUGGCCCAAAGGCACUUCAUCGCUGCAGGGGCUGGUGAUGCUGUGCGUGGGCUUGUUGGCGGCAGAGCGGCUGGUUAAUGUCCUGGUGCCCAUUUACUCCAAAAACAUUGUGAAUGAGCUUUCUGCAGGAGGCCCCUGGACCUCACUGGUUUCCACCGUCUGCAUCUACACACUGCUCAAGUUCCUACAGGGAGGAGGAGCAGGUACUUCCGGUUUCAUCAGCAACCUUCGUCAGUUUAUGUGGAUCAAAGUUCAGCAGUUCACCAGCCGAGGUGUUCAGGUGCGUCUGUUUUCUCACCUGCAUGGGUUGUCUUUACGUUGGCAUCUGGAGAGACACACCGGUGAUGUGCUGAGGAGCAUUGACCGUGGCACCUCGUCUAUCAACAACCUGCUGAGCUACAUCCUGUUCAGUAUCCUCCCCACCAUCUGUGACAUCAUCAUCGCCAUCAUCUACUUUGUCUCCUACUUCAGUGUCUGGUUUGGACUCGUUGUUUUCACCUGCAUGGUCCUCUACCUCACCUGCACCAUCUUGAUCACAGAAUGGAGAACAAAGUACAGGAGAGAGAUGAACAACCAGGACAACAGUGCAAAAUCCAGAGCUGUAGACUCGCUGCUCAACUUCGAGACGGUAAAAUACUACAAUGCUGAAAAUUAUGAAGUCCGCUGCUUUGAAGAAGCCAUUUUCAAAUAUCAGUGGUGCGAAUGGAAGAACUCAGCAUCUCUCGCUCUGCUGAAUCAAACCCAAAACAUCAUCAUCGGAUCAGGACUGCUGGCUGGAUCGCUGCUCUGUGCCUACAUGGUCUCUCACGGACAAUUCCAGGUUGGAGAUUACGUUCUGUUUGGAACCUACAUCAUUCAGCUCUACACACCCCUGAACUGGUUUGGUACCUAUUACAGGCUGAUCCAAAGUGCGUUUGUCGACAUGGAGAACAUGAUGUCGCUGCUGGCAGAGCACAGAGAGGUGGAGGAUGCUGACGAUGCACAGGACCUGCAGCUCACAGCAGGUCAGGUGGAGUUUCAGAGGGUCUGUUUCAGCUACGUUCCCGGCACCGAGGUUCUCCAGGAUGUGUCGUUCACAUUGGAGGCAGGACAGACUGUCGCUCUGGUGGGACCGUCCGGAUCCGGGAAAAGCUCCAUCCUGCGUCUCCUAUUCAGGUUCUAUGACCCUCAGGGCGGCUGCAUCCGCGUCGACGGGCAGGACAUCUCCAGGGUGCGUCAGUCCUCUCUGAGGUCGUACAUUGGUGUGGUUCCCCAGGAUACGGUCCUUUUCAAUGACACGAUAGGCAACAACAUUCGCUACAGCCGAGCUACAGCCAGCGAUGAGGAGGUGCAGCGAGCCGCCACGGCCGCCGACAUACACGCCAGGAUACUGGAGCUGCCUCAAGGUUAUGACACAGAAGUAGGGGAGCGAGGCUUGAAGCUCAGCGGGGGCGAGAAGCAGAGAGUGGCCAUCGCUCGAACAAUCCUGAAGGAACCUCAGAUUAUACUGCUGGAUGAGGCCACUUCUUCACUGGACACCCAGACUGAGAGGAACAUCCAGGCUUCGCUGGCCGAGGUUUGCACCAACAGGACCACCAUAGUGGUGGCACACAGGUUGUCCACCAUUGUUGGGGCAGAUCAGAUCUUGGUGCUCCACAGAGGACAGAUUGCAGAGAGAGGAAGACACCAUGAGCUUCUGGAGCAACGGGGUCUGUAUGCAGCCAUGUGGAGGAAGCAACAGAAAGGUUUUGACACGCCAACAGAGAAACGGACUGGUAACUUUACUGAAGACACUUGAUGCCAAGUUUGCACACAUGUUCAUUCAGUCCUGCCAGGAACAUCUUUUUGUUGCUGUCAAAGUUCCAGGCAGGACUUUCAUUUUAACCUGCCGCUGAAACACUUAAACUCCUGCCAGCUGUUAACUACAGAAUGUAUAGUUUGUGUUAGCAAAUAUUGGUUAACACAUAUGUAGUGAAUAUGACGGUCAUAAUACCAGAAAUUUUACUUUAAUACCACAGAAAUUCAAUGA